AUGACUUUGACUAACCUUUCGCGUCGAGUUGGUCCUCAUUAUCCUGCAACAGAGGCCGUGCGGGACAUUUACUUGAGAUCCAUCAAGCCAUACCGUGGUCGCCUAACACUGGUAGAUGAAGACCGAUCGCCUAUUCGUGGUGUCAAGCUGAUUUCCAGUCCCGGGCACAGCCCUGGCCAUAGUUCUGUGCGAUUCCAAGGAAAGGGCGAAGCUCUUCUCGUUUCUGGUGAUUCUUGGAUUACCAAGCCGGACCAGUUGGAAAAUCCUGAAUGGGAGUUUUUCAUCGAGCUAGAUGCUGCCCAGGCGUACAACUCGCGAAUCCGUGUACUGUCAGCGGCGGCCAGGCGUCGAGAGCUCAUGCUUUCGUACCACGAGGCUUUCCCGGGUCUCGGAUAUGUAUCCGUUAACGGCGCGGCGUUCUCUUGGACACCGGCUCAAGCUCAAACAGAGCUGAUGGGCACUGGCGUGGCGACGCAGUGUUGA